CCUGGUCUAAUUCUUUUUGUAAUCUUGUCAGACUAGUAGAUAUUAUUUUGAAAACGUUUCUCAAAAUUUAAAAGUUUCUAUUUAAAAAAAAUGGCAAGCUCCGCGACUCCUGUGCUAAAGGAGGGCUCUACCCAACUGGAUCACAUCUGCGAGCUGGAAAUCUCACACCCUGCCACGCACCAUCGCUUGGUUUCCUUGAUCGCAACUAUAUCCCACAGUUCGCGCAAUCUGGACACAAUCUACCACAUGAUUUUAAAGGGCGUUAACAUCUUCCGUCUGAAUUUUUCCCAUGAGUCCCACGAGAUGCACUCGAAGACCCUUGAGCUGGUGCAUGAGGCGCUCGAGCGGAUUCAACAUGAGACAGGACACCUACGCACGGUGGCCAUAGCGGCGGACACACGAGGACCUCAGAUCCGAACUGGCUUACUGGAUGGAGAGGUGAUUCUGCGCAGCGGGGACAACAUACGACUUUCGAUCAAUCGGGACCUGUACGAUAAAGGUAACAAGGAGGCUGUCUAUGUCGACUACUCAAACAUCAUCAAUCUGACCAAAACGGGUGACCGCUUAUUCAUCGACGAUGGCAAGCUGCUGCUCCACAUUAUGGAGGUGGGGGUGGAUGGGCUACUCUGCGAGGUUAUUCAGGGGGGACAAUUGAAUAAUAAUUGCAACGUCAUCCUGCCCGAGGUUGAGAUUGACCUUCCAGCGGUCUCCGAGAAGGACAUGUACGACAUCCAGUUUAGCAUGAAAGCCAAUGUGGACUUUCUAUUCGCCUCGGCUGUUCGCAGUGCCAAGAAUGUUAAGGAGCUUCGUACUGUUUUGGGGGAGAAGGGGAAGCACAUCAAGAUCAUCGCCAAAAUGGACAGCAAGAUCGCGCUGAGUCGGUUCUCAGAAAUAAUGCGAGCGGCAGAUGGACUGCUCCUGUCGAGAGCUGAUCUCGGCACCCAGAUUCCCAUGGAGAAGCUGUUUAUCACCCAGAAGAGUAUACUGGGCCAGUGCAACAAGGCCGGCAAGCCAGUGAUCGUGGCGUCUAAUAUCCUGGAAACAAUGCGAUUCCAGCUGCAACCCACUCGGGCGGAGUGCUUUGAUCUAGCCAAUGCCAUUAUCGAUGGAGCGGACUGCAUAAUGCUCUCCUCGGAGGUGGCCAUCGGACCCUAUCCCAACGAAACGGUAGCCACCUGCGACAAGCUCUGCCGCGAGGCGGAGAAGGUCCUCUGGUUCCGGGAUCUCUUCUCGGACCUGGUUAGCGAGGUGCGCGGCGAGCUGGAUGCUGCCCAUUCGCUGGCCAUAGCCUCUGUAGAAACGGCAAAGCGCACCAACGCCACCCUUAUUGUGGUUCUAACCAGUUCGGGUCGUUCCGCUACCUUAAUUAGCAAGUUCCGUCCGCGCUGCCCCAUUCUGGCCCUUACGCGCUGCGAAAGGACCGCCCGCUGGGUGUACAUUCACCGGGGUAUCCUCCCCGUAGUCUACACUUCCGAACCAAACAACGAUUAUGCCACGGAUGUAGAUGCCAGGGUCCAGUUUGCCCUCACCAUUGCCAAGAAAGCGGAAAUCAUCAAUGACGGGGAUCCCAUUGUCAUUGUGAGUGCCUGGAAGGACGGAGGUGGAUUCACAAAUAAUGUGCGCGUGGUAUAUGCCUUCUUUGAGGCAGAUCAAGUGGACUGUCUCUUCCGGUCGGAUAGACGACACUCCGUUAAGAAUACCAACCUGCAAAAGGAGGGUCAGAAAGCCAAUGAAAACAAAAAAAGUGUUCGUAUGUAGAUGCGUAGCUUUGUAAUUUGUCCAAAAUGAUGUGAUCGAGAAAAACAACAUUUUCAGCGAGGCUCAUAAAAAUAAAUAAAG